AUGCAAGCACGUUCAUCUGGGUUUUAUUUCUCUAUGGAUUUGGACGACGAGUCACGGCUUAAGAAUCUUUUCUGGGCCGAUAAUAGAUCUAGGCAAGCAUAUAAGGAAUUUGGUGACGUAGUGACAUUCGAUACCACUUACCUAACUAAUAAAUAUGACAUGCCUUUUGCUCCUUUUGUUGGAGUAAAUCAUCACGGACAGUUGAUACUGCUUGGAUGUGGGUUGUUGUCAAAUGAGGAUACAGAUACAUUUGUUUGGCUGUUCAAAACAUGGAUGUUGUUCAUGCACGGUAAAGCUCCUAACGGAAUUAUUACCUAUCAAGACAGGGCAAUACAGAAUGCAAUUAAAAUUGUGUUUCCAAAUACAAGGCAUAGAUGGUGUCUGUGGCAUAUAUUGAAGAAGUUGCUCAAAAAAUUUGGAUACCACGUGGAUAAGAGCUCCAUUUUUUCGUGCAUACAUAGAGUAGUGUAUGACUCACAGUAUGUUGAAGAGUUUGAAAGAGGUUGGGAAUUGAUGAUUGAUACGUAUAACUUGUACGACAAUGAAUGGUUGUCCGGUUUGUAUGAGAACAUGGGUCGAUGGGUGCCAUGUUAUUUGAAAACAUAUUUUUGGGCGGGGAUGUCAACUACCCAGCGCAGUGAGAGUUACGAACGAGCACUGCGAAAUAAGGUUGAGAAGGAGUUUCAUGCAGAUUUCAAGUCGUUUUCGCAGAUGGUGCCAUGUGCAACGCUAUAUGAAAUGGAAAAGCAAGUUCAGGCAUUGUAUACCAUAUCCAAAUUUCGAGAGUUUCAAGAUGAGAUAACUGGGAAGGUCUACUGCGAUGUCAUAUUUACGUCUGACAGGUGUUCGGAGAGGAUAUAUGAGGUCGAGGAGGAUGUCAUAUAUGAAGACAAAGUGAGGAAGAAAAAAUUCACCGUUUGGUUUCGUGCAGAGAUGUGCGAUAUUGUUUGCAGUUGUCAUCUGUUUGAGUUUCGAGGAAUUCUGUGUAGGCAUGCCAUUUCAGUGUUAAUGCGUAACGCCGUCACAUGCCGGACCGGCAUAGCCACAAAUAAUGAAGACCGAUGUUGUGAGAUAGUAGAAUGGAUUCGGUCACAGUCCAAGCAGAUAAUGUCUACCACACAGAUUUCUCAGACGAAUAGCGUUUCUCUGCCCAGUUUGCAUGUAGCAUCGCAGUGCACAGCGUCACAAGACACGGGCAAUGGCAAUAUACAAGAUCCUAAAUGCACAAAACGGAAGGGUGUGCCAAGGAAGCUUCGUAAGAAAAGCCCACUGGAGUAG